GUUGUUUCGCCGCUAGCUUCGGACGUGUAUUCUGCAUUUAUGCACUAAAUUUCAAAAUAAAUUCGUUUGUUCACAACAAGUGCCACCGAAUGUGACCGUUAUUUGUGUUUGUUAUUCAACAAGAGCAACCAUAGAUCUCCAGCACCGGGGAUUAUCAGUUUUGUGGGCAACAAACGGCGAACAAUGCCCGGUCCGCCUGCGUACAAACUUGUUACCAAUUUCGAAUAACACAGCAAAUCGUUAUUGUUUUUAUUUUUUUUUGGUUUUGUUAUUUAAGCCAGUGAAUGUGCAUAGUAAAUUAGCUAAACGUGUAGCCAAUGUGAUUAACCUGCGGCAUAGCAAAAUGCAAUUAAAUUAUAAAUAUAUUUAGUGGCGCACUCUGGAAAUCCUUCAAACUAAAUUCACAGCUGCCUAUUAACAAAAACAACAGCGCUGCGGCAUGGAUGCCCCCACGCAGUCUAUAUACCCGCAUUCCGUAGCUUCUUCCGCUGCCAUCUGUGCCUGCGUAUUUGUGACCAUCGGCGUAUUCGGCAACCUGAUAACGCUGCUGGCGCUGCUCAAGAGUCCAACGAUACGCGAACAUGCGACGACCGCCUUUGUCAUAUCUCUGAGCAUAUCGGAUCUACUUUUCUGCUCCUUCAGCCUGCCGCUGACAGCCGUGCGUUUCUUUCAGGAGAGCUGGACAUUCGGCAGCACGCUAUGCAAGAUCUUUCCCGUCAUCUUCUAUGGCAAUGUGGCCGUCUCCUUGCUCAGCAUGGUGGGCAUUACGCUCAAUAGGUACAUACUCAUCGCUUGCCACAGCAGAUACUCACAGAUCUAUAAGCCCAAGUUGAUCACGCUGCAGCUGGUGUUCGUUUGGGCCGUAUCCUUUCUACUGCUGCUGCCACCCAUACUGGGCAUAUGGGGCGAGAUGGGCCUGGACGAGGCCACCUUCUCGUGCACAAUACUCAAAAAGGAGGGUAAAUCGAUAAAGAAGACUUUGUUCCUGAUCGGCUUUCUGCUGCCCUGUCUGGUCAUUAUAAUAUCAUAUUCCUGCAUCUAUAUAACCGUGCUCCAUCAGAAGAAGAAGAUACGCAGUCACGAUAACUUUCAAAUUGGCGCCACAGCCGGCGCCAAAGCAGGAUCAGCGUCCGGCUCGUAUGUGACCACGACGAGCACGCGCAAGGCGCGCGAGGACAAUCGCCUCACUGUGAUGAUGGUCACCAUAUUCUUGUGCUUCCUCAUCUGUUUCCUGCCGCUGAUGCUGGCCAAUGUGGUGGACGAUGAGCGCAAUACCUCCUAUCCCUGGCUGCACAUCAUCGCCUCCGUGAUGGCCUGGGCCUCCAGCGUUAUCAAUCCGAUUAUCUAUGCGGCCAGCAAUCGCAACUACAGGGUGGCCUACUACAAGAUAUUCGCAUUGCUCAAGUUUUGGGGUGAGCCGCUGUCACCGAUGCCAAGUAGAAACUAUCACCAAAGCAAGAACUCAAAGGAAUUAUCGGGCGUUAUUCGCAGCACGCCAUUGUUUCAUGCUGUUCAGAAGAAUAGUAUUAACCAAAUGUGCCAAACAUAUUCAGUAUGAGUCUUUUGUAUUCGAAUUUGCAAUACGACAUUAACUACUUAUUAAAAUAUAUAUCCUUUU